GAACAUGAGAAAGACGGCGCGGCGAAAUGAGGUCCAGAUAAUAAAUUAACACUUAAUCGCCGAUUAAUUAUUAACCAAGUCUGAGACGCAAACAGCUUCUGGAUCCACCACACCUCUGCUUCAUUCUCCUCCACAUGAUUCCGUUUUAAUUCAGUGAAUCUCGAGAUUCAUUUGCUUAUGAUGGAGGCUUCCAGCCUUUACUGCGGCUGCUUGUCCGCCUCAAUCUUCGGUCUCCGCCGCCACCAAUCCAUCUCACUCUACCAAAUCUCCAAUCGCCGCCUCCGUCUCUGUUGCACCACUCCCCUCCCCGCUCCAAUCAAGAACACAAGAAGCACUCGCCGCCGCCGCCGCAAAAUUGUUCAAAAAGUUGAGGUCAAAGAGAGCCCCAAGAACGGAGACCCUCUGGGGCGUAGGGAUUUGGGGAAGGCGGUGGUGAAAUGGAUGUCCCAGGGCAUGAAAGCUAUGGCCUUGGACAUCGCCACAGCGGAGAUGGAGGAGGAGAGUGAGUUUGCUGAGCUGUUGCAGCGUAUGGCCCCUGGCCUCACCUUUGUUAUUCAGGCUCAGCCUUUUCUCAACGCCGUCCCCAUGCCUAUUGGUAUGGAGGUCGUCUGCCUCAAGGCCUGCACUCAUUAUCCCACCCUCUUCGACCACUUCCAGAGGGAGCUCAGAGACCUCCUUCAGCACCUCCAGAACAAGUCUCUCGUCUCUGAUUGGCGCCAAACUAAGUCAUGGAUGCUGCUCAAGGACCUUGCCAAUUCUGCUCAGCAUAGGGCCAUUGCGAGGAAGACUUCUAUCCCCAAAUCCGCCCACGGCGUUCUUGGCUUGCAGGUUGACAAGAUCAGAGACAUUCAGGGCAGAAUCGACGACUUCACCCACCACAUGUCCAAGCUGCUUCGUAUAGAAAGGGAUGCUGAGUUGGAAUUCACCGAGGAAGAGCUCAACGCUAUUCCAACCCCCGACGAGAACUCUGCAAAGCCAAUUGAGUUCUUGGCCUGCCACUCCCAGGCAGAGCAGGAACUCUGUGAUACCAUAUGCAAUCUCAAUGCUGUCAGCACAUAUACUGGGUUAGGAGGGAUGCAUUUGGUUUUGUUUAGAGUUGAUGGGAACCAUAGAUUGCCCCCCACGAACCUUUCCCCUGGAGACAUGGUUUGCGUGAGGAUAUGUGACAGUAGAGGGGCUGGCGCAACAUCAUGCAUUCAGGGCUUUGUUAAUAAUCUUGGGGAUGAUGGGUGUAGCAUUACAGUUGCCCUUGAAUCCCGUCAUGGGGAUCCUACAUUUUCUAAACUAUUUGGCAAGAAUAUUCGCAUAGAUCGCAUCCAAGGAUUGGCUGAUACACUCACAUAUGAGCGUAACUGUGAAGCUCUAAUGAUGCUUCAUAAGAAAGGUUUACAGAAAAAGAAUUGUUCAAUAGCAGUGGUUUCUACAAUUUUUGGAGACAAAGAAGAUAUUGCAUGGCUCGAGGACAAUGACUUGGUAGAUUGGGAUGAAGCAGAAUUGAAUGGGUUGUUAGAUAGUGAAUGUUAUGACAAAUCCCAGAAAAGAGCAAUUGCAUUAGGUUUAAACAAGAAGCGUCCUAUACUUGUAAUUCAAGGGCCUCCUGGAACUGGAAAGAGUGGGGUGCUCAAGCAACUAAUUUCCCUUCUUGUUAAACAGGGCGAAAGGGUACUUGUCACGGCACCUACUAAUGCUGCUGUCGACAAUAUGGUUGAGAAGCUAUCUGAUAUUGGAGCUAACAUUGUACGGUUUGGUAAUCCUGCAAGAAUAUCACCUACUGUAGCUUCAAAAUCUUUGGUUGAAAUUGUAAAUAAUAGACUUGUAGAUUACAAAUCAGAAUUUGAGAGGAAGAAAUCUAAUUUAAGGAAGGACCUUAGUCAUUGCUUAAAAGAUGAUUCCUUGGCUGCUGGAAUACGUCAGCUUCUCAAACAGUUAGGAAAGGCAAUGAAGAAGAAGGAGAGGGAAACAGUACGAGAAAUUCUUUCAAGCGCUCAAGUUGUGCUUUCCACAAAUAUUGGAGCAUCUGACCCUAUGAUUAGAUGCCUUGACUCAUUUGACUUGGUAGUCAUAGAUGAAGCGGCUCAAGCCAUCGAACCUUCUUGUUGGAUUCCAAUACUUCUUGGAAAGCGUUGUAUACUUGCUGGUGACCAGUGCCAACUUGCGCCAGUGAUCUUAUCUAGAAAAGCCUUGGAAGGUGGCCUAGGAACAUCUUUAUUGGAAAGAGUAUCAACAUUGCACGAAGGGGUUCUUGCAACGAAAUUGACGAUACAGUAUAGGAUGAACGAUGCAAUAGCUGGUUGGGCUUCAAAAGAGAUGUAUAAUGGACAACUCAAAUCCUCUGCCACUGUUACUUCUCAUCUUCUUUCUGAUUCUCCAUAUGUUAAGCAAACAUGGAUAACACAAUGCCCUUUGUUACUGCUUGACACGAGAAUGCCAUAUGGAAGUCUUUCUGUUGGCUGUGAAGAACAACUAGACCCUGCUGGAACAGGUUCCUUCUACAAUGAUGGUGAAGCGGAUAUUGUCGUACAACAUGUGUUUUCCUUAAUUUAUGCUGGUGUUAGCCCAAAGAGCAUUGUAGUACAGUCUCCUUAUGUUGCUCAAGUCCAACUACUAAGAGACAGGCUGGAAGAUAUUCCCAUUGCUGCAGGUGUUGAGGUUGCGACAGUUGAUAGCUUUCAAGGCCGUGAGGCGGAUGCUGUGAUUAUAUCAAUGGUUCGCUCAAACAACCUCGGAGCUGUUGGGUUUCUAGGAGAUAGCAGACGGAUGAAUGUGGCGAUAACCAGAGCACGUAAACAUGUGGCAAUUGUUUGUGACAGCUCCACGAUAUGCCAUAACACGUUCUUGGCAAGGUUGUUACGGCAUAUUAGAUAUUUUGGGAGGGUGAAGCAUGUGGAGCCAGGUGAUUCAGGAGGAUCUGGCCUAAGCAUGAAUCCAAUGCUGCCAUCAGUUAGUUGAAAAAACGAAUCCCCGUAUAGUGCACGUCUGUAUAUAAAGGUAUUCGAGCACGUCCUCAAAGCAAUCCCCGUAUAUGCUUAUUCAUUGCUGCUGCAUCACUGCGCUUGCGGUGUUCCGGUAGAAGGACUUCAUGUUGGGCAGCAGCCCCAUAUAAACUCAUUUCCCUUUGAAUAUAGGUAAAUGCAGCAUCAUGUUUGUAAUUAUUUAUGUAGAUGCACAACAAUUUCUCAAAUCAAUAUACAGUAAUUUCUUCCAAUUCAGCUG